CAGAGAAGAUGCGCAAGUUACCUACCCAAGCCAAAGUUCCAAGCUUGAGCUGGUGGGUAGCACCAAACAGCCAACAAAUUAUAGAAUACAGAUCAUAGGAUCAUAUGAAAACAAAUACUAUAAAUAAAAUAAACCCAGCAGUUUGCUUCAACUGGAAACUCAAUUCUCAUACAGCUUCUCUUUCUUGCGACGCCGUCCUUUGCCUCUGGCAAGCAAAAGUCUCUUUCUUUCGUUCUAGAAAGUCUUAACGUGUAAAACAAAAUUCUUUUUCACCUACCCCUCUGUCUCCCUCGCCCUCUAUUCAAAAACCUGCUUUUUUAGGUUAAAAUAACCAUUUAGAUAGCUCUUCACUUCAUUGCAGUACGUAAAUCCAUAGAUUUUUUUUGGAUUUAUAUGUAUUUUGUGGGGUCCAAUGGGUUCAUGAAUCCAUGCCCCCGCAACCAUUCUCGUCCACCUUGACAAUGUCGUAUGGGAUUUCACCAAAACACACCUCCAACAACCACAUCAUCAACGACCGUUCUCUUUCUUUCUCAUGAUUUCUUCGACUGCUCUGUUAUUUUUUUGUAUGCAUUUACAUUGUGAAAGUUGAGAUUUUUUUUUUUUUUUGCUUUUUUAUUGUCUCUCAUGGCUUUGAGGGCUGCUGGAACCAUCUGGGUUAACCAAAUAAGACCUCUUUCUAAUGUGGGCGGGUCAGAUUCGAUGUGUAGGCGAUGUGAGUUUGGUUUUGAUUUGAGGAGCAAUUGUGAUUUUGAUAGGUUCCCUGAGAGGGAAUGUCGUCGUUUGGCUGUUUUGGCUCAGAGAGCUAUUACUCCUGUUAAAGAUGAUGAGAAGCCCUUCACUCCUGAGGUGGAGCCUUCUGGGGCAAUUGAUAAGGUUCAGCACACUGAGUCCAGGGUCUUUCACAAGGAUUUGAACCUUCUUCCUAAACCAUUGUCAGCAAUGGAUCUUUCUGCAUCUCGUGAUGACAACAAAAAAGUACGUGUUGCUUAUCAGGGAAUAGCAGGAGCAUAUAGUGAGGCUGCUGCACUAAAAGCAUACCCCAAUUGUGAAACUGUCCCAUGUGAACAUUUUGAAGCUGCAUUCAAGGCAGUUGAACUCUGGUUAGUGGACAAGGCAGUCCUCCCCAUUGAGAAUUCAAUUGGUGGCAGCAUCCACCGUAAUUAUGACUUACUCCUUCGCCACAGACUGCAUAUAGUAGGGGAGGUGCAACUGGCAGUCAACCAUUGUCUGUUGGGAUUGCCUGGUGUACAAAAAGUGGAGUUGAAACGUGUCUUGAGCCACCCUCAGGCCCUUUCCCACUGUGAGAUGGCAUUGAGCAAGUUAGGUGUUGUAAAAGUUAGCACUGAAGAUACAGCUGGUGCUGCUCAGAUGGUAGCCACAUGUGGCAUCAGAGAAACUGGUGCCAUUGCAAGUGCUCGAGCAGCAGAAAUCUAUGGUCUUGACAUUCUUGCUGAAAAAAUCCAGGACGAUGAAGAUAUUGUUACCCGCUUUUUGAUACUUGCAAGAGAACCUAUAAUUCCUGGAACUGACAGACCCUAUAAGACAAGCAUCGUUUUCACCCUCGAAGAAGGUCCUGGUGUUCUGUUCAAAGCACUGGCAGUGUUUGCUUCAAGGGGCAUUAAUUUGUCAAAGAUAGAAAGCCGCCCACAAAGAAAUCGCCCUUUAAGGGUCGUUGAUGAUUCUAACAAGGGAAGUGCCAAGUACUUUGACUACCUUUUCUAUAUCGACUUUGAAGCUUCAAUGGCAGAACCUCGUGCUCAAAAUGCUUUAGGACAUUUGCAGGAAUUUGCGAAAUUUAUUCGUGUUCUUGGUUGCUAUCCAGUAGAUAUGAUUCUUUGAUAAGAUGCCUAUAUUGGCAGCUGUUCCUAUUGUUUAUAAGAACCUGAUCCAAGUGAAGCUGGAAUUAGAAAAAGAAAUUAGAGGAAUGUGGUCAAGGCUUGUUGAAUGUUGGUAGGAUGAGAUGACAAUGGCCGCAGCAAGCUCCCUGCUUCUUCAAAGUGAUCUUUCACUCAAAUUUUCAGAUUUCUCUUUCAGAAUUCCUUUCAUCUCCUUAAUGGGGAUAACAGAACAUUAUGUUUCUUUAGGUGUAACAAUUGAAGCAAGUUUAGGCUGGGGCCAUUCCUCCAGUUCUUUAGGUGUUAUUUUGUAUCUAUAUGGACCCCAUGUAAAGGACUGUUGCUCAAAUUGUAAUAAGCAUUAUAUUCAUAGCCCCUUUACCUUCUCCA